GCAACAGCUACAGCUACUCUACCUACUCAAGUCUUAACUCCCAGAUUCCAAGGAAUAUACUUUAAUACUACAAACUCAACAUGAACUUCUACAAGGUCUUCAUCUUUGUUGCCCUCAUCCUGGCCAUCAGCAUGGGUCAAUCUGAGGCUGGUUGGCUGAAGAAGAUUGGCAAGAAAAUUGAACGUGUUGGUCAGCACACUCGAGAUGCCACCAUCCAGGGCUUGGGCAUUGCUCAGCAGGCUGCCAACGUGGCCGCCACUGCCAGGGGCUAAGCCUUUAUAGAAAUUCC